GGUCGAGUGGUAAGACAACUAUCUAGGCCGCAUAUCAAGCAUGCUGGAAGAAACGUCGAUGGCCAGAUGCUUGUCAGGCAUCGAGGUGGCGGUGCGCCUCGACGUAUGCGACUUGUUGACUUUACGGUAGUGUGACUUACUUUUAAGGAAAUCUAUGAAGACUUACUUAUCAACGACUUACGCUUACCUAAGAAAAGGGCUAGCGCUAGUGUAACUAUAAGUCCUUGAAUUACUCCACUACAAUUUCGAACAUUCACCUUUCAUCUCUUAAAUGAUGUUAAUGGUGGUGUGACAGCGUUUCAAACGAUAUAACACUAACAGGACCAUUGUCAGACUAUGAAGAAAGGAAAGAGUGUACUCAUACUCAAGAAAUUAGCUAGAACCUCCUGAUGGCGAAAGUGCCUAAUUUUCGGAGCAGGAUGAGUACACUUUUUCUUGUCAUAGUCUGACAAUGGUCUUGUUUUAUCGUUUGAAAUGCAAAUGCUUAGUACUAUGCAUGGUAUAACGUUAGAUCGACCACUUUUCUAAGUACUACAAGCGAGGAAGGAAAGACAUUCCGGCAACAGUUUUGCGCAUAGAGUACUGUCCCGGACGCUCAGCGCACGUAGCGUUGGUCCAAUACGAGGAUGGGGUA